UAUAAUUCCCUCAUCCUCUAAAGAUUCAAAACCACAUCUUCAUCCUCACUGGAAAUGGAACUUACAGGAACCUUAGCUCCAUUUUGGCCUUCUUCUAUCCUUCUUCUUCAUUUCUUUUUCUUAUUUUUUUUAACCAUAUUAUGCCCACAACAAGCUGAUUGUCUCACUCAAUUGGGAAACGAGACUGAUAAGCUUGCUCUUCUGGAAUUCAAAGCCCAGAUAACCAAUGAUCCAAAUGGCUUCUUCAGGUUAUGGAAUGAUUCUGUUCACUUCUGCAAAUGGCAAGGAGUUGCUUGUGGCCGCAAACAUCAGAGAGUUAGGUCUCUAGAUCUCAACGACUUGAGCUUGUCAGGGACCGUAUCACCUCACGUAGGGAAUCUUACUUUCUUGAGGUACUUGGGUCUUGCAAGCAACAAUUUCCAUGGAGAAAUUCCUAAAGAAAUUGGUCAGCUAUUCCGCUUGAGAAUUAUCGAAAUGCGGAACAACUCAUUGAGUGGUGAAAUUCCAGGGGACAUCAGCAACUGCUCAGAGCUCAGGGUUAUGAGUUUGAUUAAGAACAACUUAGCAGGGAAUAUACCAUCUCAGCUAGGCUCUUUAAAGAAGCUUGUAGUUCUUUAUCUGGGCGGAAAUAAACUCACAGGAGAGAUCCCACAUUCCCUUGGCAAUCUUUCAUCUCUCCAAGACUUUUUCUUAUCAGAUAAUCAUUUGCAGGGAAAGAUUCCGACAGGAUUGGGACAGUUAAGGAACUUAACAGUCUUUGCUGUCGGAGCAAAUAAUCUGAGUGGUACAAUACCUCCUGCUCUUUACAAUAUCUCAUCUAUCACUACCUUUGAGACUACAAACAAUCAAUUCACUGGAAGUCUCCCAGCAAACUUAGGCCUAACUCUGCCGAACUUGCAAGAACUGUUCUUUGCUCAAAAUGAAUAUUUUGGAAGUAUUCCAGAAUCAUUGGCCAAUGCUUCUCGGCUUCGGCUUAUUGACAUCUCGAACAACAGUUUCACAGGGCAAUUCCCAACCGAUCUGGGAUAUCUCAAGGGACUUGAAUCGCUUCAUUUGGAGUUCAAUUUCUUUGGCAGUAACACAAGUCAAGAUUUGAGUUUUGUACCAUCUCUUGCCAACUGCAGCAAUCUGCAACAACUAUAUUUUGAUGGAAACAAUUUUGGUGGUGCAUUGCCUAGCUCCAUUGGCAAUCUGUCUAAUCUUGUGCAGUUAGGCUUCGGACGGAAUCCAAUAUCAGGAACAAUCCCAGAAGAGGUAGGCAAUCUUGUCAAUUUGUAUCGAUUAGAUAUGGAUAGAAACCUUUUUUCUGGUAGUAUCCCCAUUUCUUUUGGAAAGUUACAAAAGCUGGAAAGGCUAACUUUAAAUCAAAAUCUACUUUCCGGAGAAAUACCAGCUUCCCUUGGUAAUAUUACCACGCUAUAUUGGCUUGAAUUAGAAGGAAACAAAUUCCAAGGAAAUAUAACCCCAAGUCUUGGAAGAUGCAGAAAUCUUCGUUUCCUAGAUGUGUCAAGAAAUAAACUCACAGGCUUCAUACCCAAAGAAAUCCUUGGCCUUUCUUCUCUAUCGGAAACUCUUAACUUAUCACAGAACUCAUUGACAGGUCCCUUGCCCAUAGAAGUUGGCAGCUUGAGAAGUAUUAAUGCAUUAGAUGUCUCAGAGAACAAACUCUCUGGGGAAAUUCCCCGAACAAUAGGUGACUUAUCUAGGCUAGAAAUCCUUAACAUGCAGGGUAACUUCCUGCAAGGAUCCAUUCCCUCAAUUUUUGAUUCCUUGAGAGGUCUCCAACGAAUAGAUCUGUCAAGAAACAACUUGUCAGGAAAUAUUCCAAAUGAGCUAGAGAAGCUUAUGUUCUUGCAAUAUUUGAACCUUUCUUUCAAUAACUUUGAGGGUGAGGUACCAAAAACUGGAGUUUUCAGCAAUGCAAAUGCAUUUUCCCUUGUUGGAAAUAAAAAUCUUUGUGGAGGUAUCCCAGAAUUGCAGCUGCCAGCUUGUCCUGGCAAAGAAGAAAAACGCAGAAGGCCUUCCAUUGUCAUAGUCCUCACUACAACCAUCAGUUCAUUUAUCCUUGUCGUGAUAGCUACGUCCUUUUAUCUUUUCUACCGACGAAAGUCAAAAAGGAAUCCUAUUUCCUCGCCUUUUAUGGUGGAUAAGCUUCCUCAAAUUUCAUAUGGGGAACUCUUGAAAGCAACUGAUGGAUUCUCUUCAGAAAACUUGAUUGGACAAGGAAGUUUUGGCUCAGUAUAUAAAGGAAGUCUUGUUCAGCAAGGAGAAGGUUUGGUGGCUGUAAAGGUACUCAACCUUCAGCAACAUGGCGCUUCCAAGAGCUUCAUUUCGGAGUGUAAUGCAUUGAAAAACAUCAGGCAUCGGAAUCUUGUUAAAAUCUUGACGUAUUGCUCAAGCAUUGAUUUUAAAGGCAACGAUUUCAAAGCUCUAGUGUUUACGUAUUUGGCGAAUGGCAGUCUGGAAAUGCGGUUGCAUCCACAAGAAAAUGGUAACAGCCAGACAAAGGAAUUAAAUUUUCUUCAGAGACUAUGCAUUGCCAUUGAUGUGGCUUCUGCAUUACAUUAUCUUCAUGACCUUUGUGAAACGCCAAUCGUUCACUGUGACCUGAAGCCUAGCAAUAUUCUUCUUGACAAUGACAUGACUGCUCAUGUUGGUGACUUUGGAUUAGCAAGGCUCAUUUCUGAAAGCACCAGCAACUCUUCUCAAAGCCAAAUCUUCUCAACUGGUAUAAAGGGAACAAUUGGCUACAUGGCUCCAGAAUAUGGAGUAGGCAGCAACGUGACAACUUAUGGAGACGUGUAUAGCUACGGAAUACUCUUGCUAGAGAUGUUCACAGGAAAGAGACCAACGCAUGAAAUUUUCACAGAUGGUUUAGAUCUCCACAACUUUGUUAAGGCAAAGCUCCCAGGACAAGUCAGGCAGGUUGUGGAUCCCACAUUAUUCACUCCAGGAGAAGUGGAGGGAGCAACAACGGCAGCAGCAGAAAAUAUGGAUGAUUGUGAAUGUAUUGAGGAUAGUGUAGAAGAAUGUGUUGUAUCAGUGCUUCAAAUUGGACUGGCAUGCUCUGCAGAAGUUCCACAAGAUCGAAUGAAUAUGAGGGAUGUAACAAGCAAACUAAAUUCCAUCAGGGUUUCCUUCACAGGGACCAGAAACUAGCUUCAUAUGGAUUUGAUAUGGCUUCCAGAAUGAGUUAUAGAGACUGAGAACAUUGCAGUUUUUUCCUGUUCACGAAAAAUAAUUGAAGCUUUUGGCGAUGUUAGAGGCUCUGAAGCUUGCUAUUUUAGAUGCAGUGUUCCAUGACCUAUAUUUUCUGUAAUAGCCCAAUUUUAGGCUUAAAUAAAUUUUGACUAUAUCUUUCACGGAAUCCAAAAUGGUCCGUA